AUGUCGCACCAGGCGGCAAGAGCACCUGUUGCUCCAGCUAUGGGUACAACAAGCUAUGGACAGGUGAUCGAGUACAUCCAGAACCGAGUUUACCUCGCAUCCUAUACUCAUCCUCCCAACGAGCACACUCCAUUCCCGUAUCCAGCGACACCUGUCAAAUCGCCUUCAAAGCGCUCCUCCAAAUCAUCACAUCAAUCCACGCCAGUACCAUCAGGCCCCAAAGUACAUCCUCCCUUCUACUUCACAGUCGACGAUGACCUACUCUAUAAUAAAUUCCAUGCCGAUUUUGGACCAUUACACAUCGGACAUCUCUACCGCUUCGCUGUCCUCCUUCACGAGAUCUUGGGAGACCCAAACAAUGCAGAACGAGGAGUCGUGUUCUGGAGCAAGCCAGACUCGAGGAGCAGGGCAAACGCCGCUUGUUUAUUGGCUUGUUACAUGAUUGUCAUACAGAAUUGGCCACCACAUCUGGCACUAGCACCCAUCGCGCAAGCAGAACCACCGUUGAUGCCUUUUCGAGAUGCAGGGUACAGCCAAGCGGACUUCAGCAUUGGAGUACAGGAUGUUGUUUACGGUGUGUGGAAGGCCAAGGAAGAGGGGUUGGUGGGAUUCAGAGACUUCAGGCUUGACGAGUACGAGAGAUAUGAGAGGGUAGACCAAGGAGAUUUCAAUUGGCUCACGCCCAAUUUCAUUGCGCUUGCAUCCCCUCAGCAUCAGCCAAUAGCUCCGAUACUACCUGAUUCGCCAUUAUAUGCCACCGUACCUACCAACUUCUCAGCCGUCAAGAAGUGCAGUCUCCCAGGUCCGUUUAAGAAUGUCCUCUCACACUUCUCCAAGCGCAAUGUCGGACUCGUCGUCCGUCUGAACUCCGAACUCUACUCGCCCACGUACUUCACUGCUCUCGGCAUCAAUCAUUUAGACAUGAUCUUCGAUGACGGAACGUGCCCACCAUUACAUAUGGUCAAGAAGUUUAUCAGGCUGGCGCAUGAGAUGAUAACUAUUAAGAAGAAGGCCAUCGCUGUUCAUUGCAAAGCUGGACUAGGUCGCACAGGCUGUCUGAUCGGAGCAUAUCUCAUUUACCGUUAUGGCUUCACCGCCAACGAGAUCAUUGCCUUCAUGCGGUUUAUGCGACCAGGGAUGGUUGUCGGGCCCCAACAGCACUGGCUCCAUCUCAACCAAGGAACGUUCCGUGAGUGGUGGUGGGAGGACCUCUUGAAAGAAAAGCUUGCUGCAGCGCUGCCCUCAACGCCUACCAAAUCGAUCCGCCGUAGUCAUGCCAGUAUUGGUCAGACUGCGACACCACCCAACCCGAGCCAGUCAGGCAAGCGAUCUGCACUAGGCGAAAUCACAGCCAAUGAGAGCGGUCCCUCAAAUGCCAUGGACGAAAACCUUCCAGCCCCCACUCCAGGACAGCCAAGGAAGACCAGCAGGAUGGAUUCCCGUCAUCAUCCGUAUGCAAGAGCAGCAUCAGCGGCUUUCAACGACAAUACCGUGGUCGAAGAUCCAGGCAAUCAGAUCGUGGAGAUGCGCAGCCACCGACAGGACCCUGGUGAAAAUGAAGAGGAGUGGGAGCUGCGAGUGCUUGGCCGACGAACAAGCUCUCGUUCGCCAAUGGGCAGCGAGAAGAGGCGUGCCGUCAGCUACACCACCACUACAACUACAACCUCGCGAUACAGCACUGCCGGCGACGAUGAAGCGCUCCAAGAGUUGACUUCAGAUGUCGAGAAUUGGACCCACCACGAUGAGCAUGCCUCUGACAAGACUUCCAGACCGAAGACACCCGGAAGCACAAAAAGUGGCAGUGGAAGCGGAACUUUGGGUGUCGCCAAGAUGCGCGGGAGCCCAGUGAGGAGAAAAUGUUUGGCCAUGCCUAGGGAGAUCAUAACCAUCCAGGCUGGCCAAUGCGGCAACAGCAUCGGUAGUCAAUUCUGGCAGCAGCUAUGUCUGGAACACGGAAUCAGUCAAGAUGGCAAUCUGGAAGACUUUGCGACAGAAGGUGGUGAUAGGAAGGAUGUGUUUUUCUACCAGAGCGAUGAUACGCGAUACAUACCCCGUGCAAUCUUAUUGGACUUGGAACCACGAGUGAUUCACGGUAUCCAAAAUGGACCAUAUAAAAACAUCUACAAUCCGGAGAACUUCUUUGUUGGGUCGCAGGGGAGUGGUGCAGCAAACAAUUGGGCUGCAGGCUACGCUGCUGGAGACACGGUGCAAGAGGAGGUGUUCGACAUGAUAGAUCGAGAGGCCGAUGGAAGCGACUCGUUAGAGGGUUUCAUGCUCCUUCAUUCAAUUGCUGGUGGUACAGGGUCAGGUUUGGGCAGCUACAUAUUGGAGCGAAUGAACGACAGAUUCCCUAAGAAGCUGAUACAGACGUAUUCGGUAUUUCCGGACACACAAGGAGGCGGAGAUGUGGUGGUCAAUCCAUACAACAGCUUGCUCGCUAUGCGGCGGCUGAUACAGAAUGCGGACUCGGUGGUCGUGCUCGACAACGGCGCUUUGUCAAGGAUAGCUGCGGACCGACUUCACGUCCAAGAGCCUUCUUUCCAGCAAACGAACCAGCUCGUCUCCACUGUCAUGUCCGCCAGCACGACCACCCUUCGCUACCCGGGGUAUAUGCACAAUGACCUUGUUGGCAUUGUUGCUUCUCUCAUUCCAACGCCGCGAUGCCACUUCCUCAUGACCUCUUACACUCCCUUCACAGGCGACAACGUAGAGCAAGCAAAGACGGUACGGAAGACCACAGUACUGGACGUGAUGCGGCGACUGUUGCAACCGAAGAAUCGUAUGGUCUCAACGACACCGAGCAAGACAAGUUGUUAUAUCAGCAUACUCAACAUCAUUCAAGGAGAAGCAGAUCCCACAGAAGUGCACAAAUCACUCCUUCGGAUCCGCGAACGCCAACUGGCAACAUUCAUACCAUGGGGUCCUGCAUCGAUACAAGUCGCAUUGACAAAGAAGUCGCCCUACCUCCAGAACACACACAGAGUCUCAGGUCUCAUGUUGGCAAAUCAUACAUCUGUGGCGACGCUCUUUAAGCGAAUCGUCGUCCAAUACGACAAGAUGAGGAAACGAAACGCCUAUCUGGAAGGGUAUAGAAGGGAGGCGCCUUUUGCUGAAGGUCUGGGCGAAUUCGAUGAAGCAAGAGCUGUAGUCACGGACUUGAUCGGAGAGUAUGAAGAGGCGGAGACGGAGAGCUACUUGGAUCCGGAUAAAGGCAAGGAAAAGGCAGAAGGCAGUUGA